GGUCGGACGCGCUGUGGCGGCGAAGCAGGCUGAGUGGCUGGCGGCCUCCAAAAGCCUGCAGGCCCCGCAGGUGAGGGGGACCGGCCGCGGGAAAUUGAGGACUGAUAUGGUCUCGGUUUGAGAAGAACUACCCUGCUGUUUUCACACAAAUCACAUUGAAGAAUAAGCUCAAAGGAACAUUUGUUUCUUCAUGGUUCUGUUCCUAGCAAAUAUUUUCAAUGCCCAGGAAAACAUCAACCACUCUUACGUUUGACCUGCACUAGGCAGCCCAACGAAGGUUCCUUCCAGCUCUUUCCAUAGCUAUAUUGCAGAAGCAACUGUCUUUGUUGGGUGAAUGUUCGUGAAGGCCUUCCCUGGACCAGCUUGAGAGGCAUAAGCCUCUUGGAACUUAUGACAUGGAAGCUUUGGAAGUGGAUGAUAUUAGCCCAGCCUUAGAGGUCACUGAGGAUUUCUUUAGUACUUUUGAUAGUAAGCUAGAAAAGGCUGUGCAGCAGGCAGAGGUUUAUGGGAUUCAGGAAGUCCCUGAACUGGUGGGUCAUGAAGUACUUGGUAACAUAACAGACAAUGGUGCUAUGAGAAACGUUCCCUCCCUGGGCAAGGGGGGCAUGAUUUGGGAGCACUGUAAGAGCAGACUCUUAGAAACCAAAGCUCAAAAUGUCUUUCCUGCCAAAGAACAGUGUAUGGUCCAGAGAGGGACAACCCCAGAUAAUCUAUCCUGGAUGGAACAAAAGGAAGCAUCGACUUUUAAUUUUUUCAAUAUCUGUCAGCGUCGGAGGGACAGACCUCGUUCUGUGAAUGACUUACUGGAUGAGACCUCUACUUUCAAGCCAGGGCAUGCUCGGUCAAGGUCAGAUGUUACCCAGGCAGACUGGCAAGUCGUCCUCAAAACCAUGCCUUUGCAGCAGCAGCAGCAGCGGCAGCAGCCAUCUCUUCAAGGCCCUCACAUCACCAGGCCCUCUUUCCUGUUGCCCUCACCGAGUAAGGUAGAAGAUGCUCAAGGAAAUACUGAGCACAAACAAACAUUCCCAAACAUUCUGAAGAAGGGUUACCUGGAGAUUAGGAAGGAUCACGACAGUUACUGGCAAAGCUGUUACGCAGAACUCUCACCCUAUAACUUAUACUUCUACAGUCUUGACAGCAGUGGGAAUCAAAACCUCUAUGCCACGUACCAGCUUUCACACUUCCAGAGCAUAUCUGUCUUGGGUCACCUUGAGGCCAGGAUGGUGGAUACUGUCCUCUAUGACAACACUCAACUGCAGCUAAAGGCAGAGUCACCGUGGGAGGCUUUGGACUGGGGGCAGAAGCUCUGGGAGGUCGUGCAGGCUGCUGUGCCCGGUUACAUGGGACGACAGGAUGAGCUCGUGAACUCACCAGGGCUUGGCCAUCAUGUUAACUGUACACAGAAUCAUUGUUUACAGAAGAAAGCCCAUGGGCUGCUCCCACCAUCCCCUGUCUUGGAUAGCCCCAAGCAGUACCAAAACAUCCUCAAAUCAGGGACACUUUACAGACUAACUGUCCAGAAUAACUGGAAGGCAUUUACGUUUGUGCUAAGCAAGGCCUACCUUAUGGCCUUUCAGCCUGGCAAGCUAGAUGAGGAUCCCCUGUUGAGCUACAAUGUAGAUGUGUGUCUGGCUGUCCAGAUAGACCACCUGGAUGGCUGUGACUCUUGCUUUCAAGUCAUUUUCCCUCAGGAUGUCCUCCGUCUCCGAGCUGAGACCCGGCAGAGGGCUCAGGAGUGGAUGGAGGCUCUGAAGACAGCUGCCAAUGCAGCGAGGAGCUCUGAGCAGAACCUGCAAGUCACACUGAGGAGUAAACCCAAGGAUCAGAUGGGUGGGCACGAACUCCGGAAGAACAAACGUCAGUCUGUGACCACCAGCUUCCUGAGCAUCCUGACAACUUUGUCUUUGGAGCGAGGACUCACUGCUCAGAGUUUCAAAUGUGCAGGAUGCCAGCGCUCUAUUGGCCUUUCCAAUGGGAAAGCCAAGGUGUGCAAUUACAGUGGGUGGUACUACUGCAGCAGCUGCCAUGUGGACGACAGCUUCCUCAUCCCAGCACGCAUAGUCCACAACUGGGAUACUUCAAAAUAUAAGGUGUCUAAGCAGGCCAAAGAGUUCCUGGAGUACGUGUACGAAGAGCCCCUGAUCGACAUCCAGCAGGAGAACCCCAUGCUGUACCUACACGCCGAGCCACUGGCCACAGUGGUGCGCCUGCGGCAACGGCUAAAAUCACUAAGAGCCUAUUUGUUCAGCUGCCGGGCAGCGGUGGCGGAGGAUCUGCGUCGCAGAAUCUUCCCCCGAGAAUACCUCCUUCAACAGAUCCACCUGUACUCCCUCGCCGACCUGCAGCAGGUGAUAGAGGGAAAACUGGCUCCAUUCUUGGGCAAGGUCAUUAAAUUUGCUACCUCACACGUGUACAGCUGCAGCCUCUGUAGCCAGAAGGGGUUCAUCUGCGAAAUCUGUAACAAUGGAGAGAUCCUCUACCCUUUUGAAGAUAUUUCAACCAGCAGGUGUGAGAGCUGUGGAGCCGUCUUCCAUGCUGAAUGCAAAGAAAAGUCUGUUCCCUGCCCGCGUUGCGUCCGGAGAGAGCUGCAGAAGAAGCAGAAGUCCUUCUGGCGGCGGCUGAAUGUGGACGAGAGCCUGGAGGAGGCGUGCACCAUGUUUGAGCUGUCCUACCAGAACACCUGAGUGCCAGGCCACGCUGGCACGUGCCCCAUAGUGACCCAAGACCGAGUGGCUCCCAGGUAGCCACACGCACCUAAGAAGAAGGGUCUGUCUCCUCUUCCACUAGAUGUAGCUGUCUACAUUUAUUUACCUACAUGUGUACACACCUAUACGUCCUGUACGUAUGUUCUGUGCAAAUCGUUGUCUAACAAGGCCACAGAGUCUCUGAGGCUGAAAACCUACCCGUGUACUUGACCAUGAACUUCAGCUGCUUGCUCCUAGCAACUGUGGUUUACAUACAAUGCUUUAUAGUUCAGAGUUUUUGUUCUGUUUUGUUUUGUUUCAUUUUGGCUCUUAAGGGCCAUUUUUACACAAAAUAUAGGAGGAAACAUUUCCUGCAGACCAACACUGCUUUGGUUAUUUCUGUAUUAUGUGUUUUUAGCCUUCACAGGGGCUGGGGGAACUGAGGCAGGCACUGUCAUCAUCUGCUUCAUAAGGAAAUCUCCAGAACACAGAAACACGCCUGGAUCCUUCCAGGCCCCGGUGUCCCUGGCAGAGACCAGGAUCUUUGGAGCAGAGGUACAGGGCGGGGAGCCAAGUACACGGCUGUCUCUGACUGAAAGCACCGCCCUGAACUGAGGAGGAGGCUGCUUCUGGUUUUGAGGUUAAUCUCAGUUUUCUUCCAAGGAAAGAAGAGGCCUCUGCGACCAAUAGCUGCAUGUCCUCUGUUUGCUGGUACGAAUCCCAACACCUGCCUAACUGCACAGCCUCCGCCACAUGUGCCACGCUGCAGAUGUGGCUCUCUUAGGAACAGCUUUCCAAGGGCGUCGUGAUAUCUGUGAUAUUUUGCAUGGUGUUAGCUGGAGAAAAUGUCUUAGACGUGGCAUUAAAGACCUCAGUGGAGAGACUGGUGGACAAGAUGUGUGCAUCUUGGAAGAGACCAUCUUCAGUUUCCUUGCACAAAGUCCUGUGCAGGCAGUUCCUACCUGGCCAUUUUGACUGCUUUAUUUCUCAGCAUUCUUCCCUGCACUUUCUGUUGGGCUUUUGUCAAUUUUACCACUCUUGUGUUACUUUCUGUUUGUUUGUCCGUUUGUUUAAAAAAAUCGGAGUACUAUUUUGGAAGAAAAUCCCAAUUUUAAGGUAUCAAGAAAAUACAAAUAGAAUUAAUGAAUUACAUCUAAUAGUGUUUGAAUAAGUAGAUAUAUAUAAUUGCCACUGUAAAGCUAAAAUGAGUACUAUCAUAGGAAUAAGAAAUAUAACGCACUGCUUUGCUAUUUGGCAGGGUCAUGUCCUCCUACUGCAGUGUCCUGUAAGAACCAGCAUGGCAGGGACCGUGACUGAGGUGCCAGGUAGGACAGCACUGGAAACCUGAUCCCUCCCCUUCCUCUACCUUGGCUCUACACAACAGGAGAAUAUGCUUAUAACAAAAUAAUUCUCAGUAGACUUCAAGAGACGGUCAUGGAUCUUCCCCACUGAGCAGAUGUUGUCCAUGUGUUCGUGGUUUAGUCGUCCCAUGGCUUUUGGGAGCUGGGGCCGCGGUGGCUCAUCGAGGACAUGGUGCAUUCAGCUCCACACCUUGCUCCCUCCAGAGGCCAGCUCCCCACACUUCUGGCUAUUCAAAGACAUUUCACAAUGGCUUUCCUGCAGUUAGAUGUGAGCAUUUCACCUCUCAACACUUUGGCCCCAAACCACAUGUUUCAACUUAGUAGUUCAGCACCAUCCAUGCAUUUAUUUUUUGGUUUUACAGUAGCUGUGAUCAAGGCAUGAAAGUUGGUGAGAGUCCAGGGCCCUGUUCACGAGAUGCCUCGUUGGUGCCUUUUACUCUUAGAAAAAGCAGGUUGACUCGCAUUCCCUCCCCCCAAUUAUUGAGAAUGUGCACACAAAAGGAAAGGGGUGGAAAGUGUCUCACACACUUGGCAAACACAUUGGAUCACCUCCUCUCCUCCUCCCCUUUGUGAAAUACAGUAUUUAUAUUUUCCAGCCCCAGAGAAGAUAGUAGAACAUGAUCUUUCACGAGAGAAUUAUAGACCUGCUUAUUAUAAAACAGAUGUGCUCCCAUGGCAAAGUGCCUUCUCCCUCUGCUCCCAGCCCUGUCACUGAGCUUGCUUUGCCUUCGCUGGAAUUAAUGUAUCUGUGAUUCCGACCGUCAGCGGAGCUGUUUCUAGCACACUGUGUUUGGAGACCCGAAGUACAAGGCCGUCCCCUCCCUCCUAACAUGUUUGCUGUGUACAGAAUGUUUUGUCCCAACUCACAGGCAUCCAGGAUCAGGCCUGCCACGAGUCAAGGGUGACAUUCUGGAUCCCUGAUCUAAACACCUUUGUUUUCACCAGAAUCCACUUAGAGGGCCCUGCGAAAUAUUAGCAGUCCCUGGGAACUCCUAACAGUUUUCCACCCACAUCACUUUCUGCUUAUUUUCAAAAGGAAAAAAAUAAAUAAAUGCACCAGCACCAUCAGCUACCCAGAACUAGAACCGGGUCCCUGCUGCUUCUGUUUUCUAUCCUUUCUGUACAACUCUGACAGCCUGGUUCAUGCCGGCCACAGGCCUACAACAACAUUCUCUACCAACACCGCCAAAAUCUGAUAGGACAAAGUGGAGCCAGCUUCCAAGCUGAGUCUGCCGUGAAAAUUCAAAAUUGCUAUUUUCAGCCCAGAAUGCCUUAGAGCACAUGAACACCCUUACUGUUUUCCACCCUAACAAAUUACUUGGUGCGAUGUUAGGUAAUUGUUCCACUGCUUAGAAACUGUAGGAACAAAAGCAAGUCUGUUGAUUGCCCCUCCUUCUGACUGAGCUAAUACCUGCUUUGCCUCAUGUUCCAUGGUAAAUAUCUUUGCACGUAACACACAUGAGAAAAUGACCAAUUAAUCUCGUGCGACUGGCAGCUGGGUCCAGGGAGCUGCUUCUCACUCAAAGGCCCAUUCCCUGCUGUACACUUGAGGAAAUCCCUUCCCAGUGCCAGAAACACGCGUGCAAGCCCGUCCAGCCCUGCUGAAAUGUUGGCAUCUAACCUGAGGUAAAGAAGCCAGUUCCUAAAAUAGACAUCAGUGUGCACCGGCGUAGGAGGGCCACAGAGCAUUCACAAAGCAGACAACUGCAGUGGGAACGGUGUUCUUUCCGGGGCCGCCUGUUCCGAGCACUGACUGCAUCUCUGUAGGAAGACCACAUAGAUGCUGACUGUUGUGCCCCCAUCCCAUUUCACCUCCUGUUCAGGGGCCGUGUUGCAGUCAUUCUCACGUCUGCAGUGCCGAGGCUUAUCCUGUUGGGAGUGUAAGUAAACAUUUGAUGAGACAAGAGGGUAAGCACUCAGUUAUUCUAAUGAAGCCAGCACCACACAGAGAGUAUGGCUCUAGUACUUGGGACUUGUGUUUUCCAACACAAAGGUACCCUUUAGACUCCUGAAACAGAGCUGUGCUAUGACUUCCCUUGGACACCCUAAGGACCAGGGCGUUUCUACUGUCCUGCUUGCUGAGUGCAGGUCUCGCUGAUGGCAUCUGUGUGUCUCUUGUACACACUGAAUGUUGACAACAGACCAUUUCUUUUUAUGCCUCCUGAGAGAAUUUGGUUCAAACCUGCAGGUUUGUCCUCUAUCCACUGAGGAGAGGCUGUCCAGCAGUUAAUCAUCAGGGCGGGACCAGCUUAACACCACACACAGUGAACCCAUACUCGGAGACAGGCAGUAUCCAGAGAAGUGGAGACACGUUCUGCACAUCAGGGUAAAGCUGCCGCCACUCCUUUAUGUGCAGGAUUAGUCCUCUCCACUGAUCUGCUAUGCUUUAUGGAAAUAAUUAGAUUAUGAAAUAAAUCAUCAGCUUUUAUUCAGUGUAGCCAUUAUUUUGUUUUAUGUCUUAAGCUCCAACAGUCAAUAGAGGUAUGUGUGUGUUCCGCCUUUUUGUUCCUGGAGUUUUCUUCUCUACUUUUUUGCUACCCUGAAACAACGUGGAAAAGAAUAGCAUCUGUGCAGGAUUGAAAGAACCAAAUGCUUCUCUCUUUGGCAGGAAGUCAUUCCUUCUCUUAGUCCCGUGCUUGUCAGCCAUGGGUACCAGGCGCUCUGUGCCCUCCUUGUGCACUCUGCUGACACCAAGUUAGUACAGUUGGCUGCUCCAGAUCGAAUCCAGUCAUGCUCAGUUAAUCUGAACAGACAAAUGUUGAUCUCUAUCAUGUGGGACAGUGUUUUGAUGGUUAAGUGUUAGCACCCAGAAGCUUCUUAUCAGUAGGUAAUUCUCACGUCACUGGAUUCACAAAUCUCUGGCUGAGAGUUUCUCUGGUGUGUUUUAGCGGGUGCAUGGCUGAGGUAAGAUCUACAUUAUUGUUAAUAUGUAGGUAAAAGUCAAAAGCAUGGAAUACCCUCCUGGGCAUAGCUGGAGUUGUCAGAGGUUUUAUUUAAAUGGGUUCCAAAUGAACAUGAUGCAUGGCAUUUUCCUCAUAAAGUGGCCUCUGAUGUGAUCGAAGGCAUUGUUAAAUGAUAAAACUGAUGUUUUGCCUUAGUUCCCCUGGGUGGAACAGAAGGCACCGGCUGCUCAUCCUGUUGAGAAGCUCUUGAGUGAAGCCAGCUGCUGGUCCAGG